UCCCCCCCGCACCCCCAGGUAUGGGAAGAUAAAUGAAGGAAUCUAGAAGCCAAAUAAAUGUCAGGGGAAAGGAGGGUGCUCAUCACUAAGGCUUGAAUACAAAGUGAAGUUGCUUUCAGAUUUAGAAGACUAUUAAGAACACAAAAUGGGGACUCCUGGUUCUGGAAGAAAAAGAACACCUGUCAAAGAUCGAUUUUCUGCAGAAGAUGAAGCUUUGAGUAACAUUGCCAGAGAGGCCGAGGCAAGGCUUGCAGCAAAACGUGCCGCGCGGGCAGAAGCAAGAGACAUACGCAUGAGAGAACUGGAACGACAACAAAAAGAGCACUCUCGUCAUUCCUUUGAUCGGAAAUGGGGACAAAUUCACAAGUGGCUGGAAGAUUCAGAAAGGGCCAGGUAUUCUCAUCAGUCCAGUCGUCCUCAUCCUUAUCUGGAAAUUGAGAAUACAUUGUCCCUACGAAGUCUUGGAAGUCACAGGUACAGUACUCUCAAGGAUAAAUCAUCAAGAAUUUCAUCAUUAGAUCAUUCUCAUAGUCAGUCUUACAGAAUGAAGAAAAGAUCUUUUGGCUCUCAUAAAGACCUACUGAGUGGCCUUUACUUUGAUCAGAGGAACUAUAGCAGUCUUAAACAUAGCAAACCUACCUCUGCAUACUACAUUCGGAACUCUUCUUCCCUCUACAGUGACCCUUUGGCAACAUCUAAGAGUAAAAGGGCUUCUCCUACUUCAAAUUCUGGUUUGCUGAGAAGUACUAGUCUGGCAUCAUUAUACAGUGGUGGAUUAUAUAACCCUUAUGGUUCUCGAACUCCAUCUGAAUACAGUUAUUACUCAUCAAGAACAAGUUCAGCCCGAAGCAGUCCUGUGUUUAUCAACGAUGACAAUGUGAACUUUGUGUCUUCUGACUGCACCAGUCAUGGGCAAAGAGACAGUGUGGUUUCUGCUGCUGAUUGUUUUAGUCGCACCAGUCGGAGGGGAAGUACUGUCUCUGAUGUGGAUGAUAUCAGUAUCCCAGAUUUGACCAGUUUGGAUGAAAAAUCUGACAAACAGUAUGCUGAAAAUUACACAAGGCCUUCAUCUCGAAACUCUGCCUCAGCAACAACUCCUCUGAGUGGAAACUCAUCCAGACGAGGAAGUGGGGACACCAGCAGCUUAAUAGACCCAGACACCUCAUUAAAUGAAUUGCGGGAUAUCUAUGACCUUAAGGACCAGAUACAGGAUGUAGAAGGGAGAUACAUGCAGGGACUUAAAGAACUAAAGGAUUCAUUGUCUGAAGUGGAAGAGAAGUACAAGAAAGCUAUGGUUUCUAAUGCACAAUUAGACAAUGAGAAGAACAAUUUAAUAUACCAGGUAGAUACCCUCAAGGAUGUAAUUGAAGAGCAGGAGGAACAGAUGGCAGAAUUUUAUAGAGAAAAUGAAGAAAAAUCAAAGGAGUUGGAAAGGCAGAAACAUAUGUGCAGUGUGCUGCAGCAUAAGAUGGAUGAACUUAAAGAAGGCCUUCGGCAAAGAGAUGAACUUAUUGAGGAGAAUCAGCGCAUGCAGCAGAAAAUAGACACCAUGACAAAAGAGGUGUUUGACCUCCAGGAGACACUUCUUUGGAAAGAUAAAAAAAUUGGGGCCCUAGAGAAACAGAAAGAAUACAUUGCCUGCCUUAGGAAUGAGCGAGAUAUGCUCAGAGAGGAACUGGCUGAUCUGCAGGAGACAGUGAAGACAGGAGAGAAACAUGGUUUAGUUAUAAUCCCUGAUGGCACGCCCAAUGGUGAUGUCAAUCAUGAAUCAGUGGUUGGAGCCAUUACUGUUGUGUCUCAGGAAGCUGCUCAGGUCUUGGAGUCAGCAGGAGAAGGGCCGCUAGAUGUAAGGCUACGAAAACUUGCUGGAGAAAAGGAAGAGCUGUUGUCACAGAUUAGAAAACUGAAGCUCCAGUUAGAGGAAGAACGGCAAAAGUGCUCCAGAAAUGAUGGUACAACAGGCGACCUGGCAGGACUGCAGAAUGGCUCAGAUUUGCAGUUCAUAGAAAUGCAGAGAGAUGCCAAUAGACAAAUAAGUGAAUACAAAUUUAAGCUUUCAAAAGCAGAACAGGAUAUAACUACCUUGGAGCAAAGUAUUAGUCGGCUUGAGGGACAGGUACUGAGAUACAAAACUGCUGCUGAGAAUGCUGAAAAAGUUGAAGAUGAACUGAAAGCAGAAAAGAGGAAGCUACAAAGAGAGUUAAGAACUGCACUGGACAAAAUUGAGGAGAUGGAAAUGACCAACAGCCACCUAGCCAAGCGCCUAGAGAAGAUGAAGGCCAACAGGACAGCACUUCUGGCCCAGCAGUAGGAUGGUCACCCUUCGGCUUCUGUGCAGCUCUGUGGGGCCUCCCUGGCUCAGUGGGAUGGACUUUUUUUGUAUAUUGACACAAACCCCUUUCAGUACUGUUUGAGUUUUAUCAUUAAAACAAGCACCUUUGUAUUUUAUAAUUUAUGAGAAUGAAGCAGGUUUGAAUCUUCAUGAACAAACACUUUCGUUAUUGUUUGUAGCUUUAGUCUAGACUUAAGAACUGGUCCGUGCUGUUUUUAUUUUUAUUCCAUAAUUGCAGAAUCAAGUUUACUCAGCAUUUCCCCCAGCUGCCUCAGUGAUCGGGCACUUGGAGACCUGGUCUGGAGGACAGCAGUUCUGAGUGCUGAGACACUUGCUGGAGACCUCAGAAAACACAAGUGCCUUCUCCACAGUGCAGUGCAGACUUCAGUGACCUCCAGCGGGCAAAAGACAUUUACUCUGUCAGCAUUCUUAUUUUAGUGAAGAAGACCACUUCACUGGUGGAGAAUCUGUGUUUCACUCAAAUUUAUGUUUGGAAGGAAAAAACUUUUUGUAAAAUAUUUAAAUUUAUAUAAGAAAAUAUUAGGAAAAUACAUGGGGGCAGUGUAUAUAAAACUUGCUUUUCUGCAUGGGGCAGGGAAGUCCAAGACUUUUACUCUAAAAGCCAGGGUAGAGUCCUUAGCCUUCCAUAUCCACUGUGCCGUAUCUUGUAAAGUAUUUUCAUUUGCUGCUUAUUUGUGAAAUAAUGGAGGGAGGGGAGGGGAAGGGCAGGGCAGCCAGGUGGGAGAGCUGCCUGAAGAGUCUAUUAAACAUACACUUUGCCAACCAUGAUUGGCUACCGACACAUUUCUUUUGAUAUAGCAGCCUUUAAAAGCAAAUCAUGGCAACCAUACCCUUCCUGUCUUGCUGUUCUUCUCUCUCUCAAGGAAAAAUAAUCUGGAAUGUAGAACUUUUCUUUUAAGAACUGUUAAUUUCAUCUAAAGGCAUCCAAUUUGAGGUUUAUCUUUAAAUGACCAAGUUACAGGUAUAUCCACUUUGCAGGGUUUGUGAUGUUCUAUUGCUGUCAGAAUCAAGAUGGUUUUUUGGAAAUGAUUAUGUAGCUUCAAAGUACUUACUAGAAAAUAUAGUGGGGAAAACUUUAAUCAAUUAAGACCAUUUAAGGUAAUACAACUAAACUUUAAACUAGUUAAUAAACUCAAAAGUGAAUAAAAUCUCCAAUAAUUGUUCCCUUCUUUAUAGUAAUUACCCUUCAUUUUAAAGAUACAGAAACCAAUCUCCUGAGACGGACUGGCAUCCUGUAAAUCUAAUAGUGGCAACAGUUGUGUGGUGGUGAUGGGUGAGAAUGUUCUGAAAUGCAGAUUUAACUUCUCAUUCCCUAACUCGAAUUAACACACGGUACAGCUCAGCUCUCCCACACCUGGGAGACCAGCACUUUCCCUCUACUCAAGGGCACUGGCCUGUGUACCUCUUGGGGCUUCGAAGCCUCCCCUCAGUCUGCUGCUGGGAGUUUUAACUGCCAGAACCUGAUCUUGCCUUUUUUAUAGCAUGGCGGGUAUGUUGUUUUCAUUCUGGUGUCCCAGUCUUUUUUCAUAUGAAAUGGCUCCACUCAUGCUUUGUUCUUUUCCACAGAACUUUCUUCAUUGAGUCCUAUUACAGUACUACUUCGGUUUUAAUUCUUUUCAUAAAUCUAGCUGAAAACUGAAUAGGAAGAGAAUGGAAUCACAUUUCCCUAUAAGGUCAACAUUGAACCUAACCACUGAAUUUGAUUUGUUCUCAUCUAGUUCACUCUGUGACUGUACAAUGGAAAGAAUUAUGUUUGUGAACCGCAACACUACUGUACCUGUAUUUUAGCUUAAAAUCACCGUCUUCCUCUUUGUGCUGAAGGCUCUGCUUCUAUCAAUGUAGUCUGAUAUUAAGGUGGCAUGUUUUAGCACUUAACAGUUUAAAUCUAUAUACUUUUAUAUUAUUCUUCAAACAAGAACACCCAGAAACUUAAGUGGCUAGUACUCAUAGCCAGAAGAGUAGACUUAAAAGUUUAGACUAAUUAGAGAAUGGAUAAGGACUGUUUUCUUCUCUCAGGUUUUUACCUUAGUAAGUUCAUUUUGGUUACUCAAGAUACAGAUUCUUAUAGCACUGUCUUCUGACCUUUGCUGUAGAGCUUUGAUGUAGUUAUAACCUUAGCUCCUACUGAAAUUCAGGUGCAGAUCU